ACCAUGUGUGUCAAGUUGACAACACUUUAGUUUUCAAAAUUUUGUAAUACUGUCAAAACUGAUUUUUUUAAGAAAUGAUGUUAAAGUUUGUCUGAAAUCGAAAUUGAUCGUCCGUGUCUGUCGCAUGUUAUAUUUAUUGACAUAACACUAUGUGGCAGAUCAUAAAUCACAAAUAUUUUAUUGAUUAACCCAAAAUUAAAAAUGCCGUUUCUGAAGGAACGAAAGAAAAUCUCCAGGUCACACGAGCUCGAAAAUAACUCGAAAAAAAAUGGUCUUCGGCAUGCAGUGUUCAACAUAGUCGGUGAUAAAUACAUCGGAGAGUGGCGGAAUGAUUUUAAAACAGGAAAGGGUGCGCUGCUAACACGCCAUAGGCAAUUAUACGAAGGUGAUUUCGAGGAUGGUUUUCGGCACGGUUUCGGAGUUUUGGCUUAUUUACACGAAAACAAUUUCUUCUUGCUCGAAUAUCGAGGAAAUUGGAGGCGAGGGAAAAUGCAUGGUUUCGGUUUGAGGAGAUACCGAGACGGAGGUGUCUACAUAGGGGAUUGGAAAAAUGGUAAAAGACAUGGUUAUGGUCUGAUGUGGUAUCCAGGGGGGGAUUUUUACGCGGGAGAUUUCGUUAAGGAUGUGCGACAAGGAUUGGGGAUGUUGGUAAGACCGGAUACGAGUCGAUAUGAAGGCAGUUGGUUUGGAGAUAUGAAACAUGGGAAAGGAAGGUUUCUUCAUUUGGUUACGGGACAGAUGCAGCAAGGGGUUUGGGUCAGAGAUGUUUGCGUUUUUUGCACUUUUAUCGAUAUACGAUAUCGGCAAAGUGGCAUCCGGCCAACCAAAUAUCCGAUACAUAAGAUCCAACUGCUUGAUGUAGAAGAUCUCUGUGCAACGCAAGAAAUGAAAGCACUUCAAGAAAUCGUACAUUCUUGUCUAAGUCUUCACGAAAGUUUAUCCAGUGAAAUAAAUCAAGUCAUGUAGGUAUUAAUAAUAAAUGUAUUUGUUAUCAAUAAAAAUAUAAUAUUGUAAAAAUGCUUAAAAAUAUAACAGAUCACAGUUC